CCAAAUCACCCUUCACGGAGAGGAGCGAAGGCGAAGCGAUUUAACGGGCCAAAUCCCUCCAAGUCACCCUCCACUGAGAGUGAAUUGAUUUCACGGAACAGGAGAGAGGUCGCCCUCGCUCUCCGGCCAAAAUUUGAAACCGGGCACCUCCAUGGGAGGGACGGGAGCUCCUCACUGAUUAGGGCGAGCGAGAUGGAGAAGGGUAUCGUCUCAAUCGACCGGUGGAACGAGGGGAGCCAGGCGUACUUCCUCACGCACCUCCACGAUGACCACACCGCGGGCCUCUCCGCCUCCUGGCGCCGCGGCCCGCUCUUCUGCUCCCCCAUCACGGCCAGCCUCCUCCCCUUCAGGUUUCGCGGGUUCGACGUUUCCUUGCUUAGGGUUAUCGAAGUCGGCGCCACCCGAGCCCUCGACCUCGUCUCCCCCACCUCUGGAGCACCGGUGCGGGUUCUCGUCACUCCCAUCGAUGCCCACCACUGCCCCGGUGCUCUGAUGUACUUGUUUCAUGGAACAUUUGGAUGGGUGCUGUAUACUGGAGAUUUUAGGUGGGAACUUUCAUCUGAAAGGUCACAAUUGGCAAAGAGGAUGCUUCUUGAUGUUCUCCAAGGCAAUGCAAUUGAUGUCCUUUAUAUGGAUAACACCUACUGCAAUCCAUCUUUUUCUUUUCCUCCUCGAGAAGUAGCUACUAAGCAAGUAAUUGAUAUAAUUGUUACGCAUCCUGACCAUGACAUCGUCAUUGGUAUCGAUAAUCUUGGAAAAGAAGAGCUACUGGUCAAUAUAUCCAAAGCUCUGAAUAUAAAGAUUCGUGUCUGGCCUGAACGUUUGCGAACCAUGCACCUUCUUGGAUACAAGGACGUAUUCACAACAAACACUUCUCUCACAAGAGUACGAGCUAUUCCUAGAUAUAGUUUUACCUUUGAAACAAUUGAUGGAUUGAAUCAGUUGCAUCCCACCAUUGGAAUUAUGCCUUCUGGUUUACCAUGGUUGUUAGACGCCUCAAAAAACACCACUCUUUACGCAUCUCCUCUAAAGAGUCAUCAGUCCGAAGCUUCCCCAGACCUGCUACAAGACAUGCCACAUGCUAGAAAGUUGAAGCAUAAUGCCUACUGUGUUCCAUAUUCUGAGCACUCAUGCUUCUCUGAGAUUGCAGAAUUCAUCAAGGUAUUGCAGCCAUCCAAUAUUUCUGGGAUUGUCUCUUCAACCUAUAUUUAUAUCAACCCUCGUUACUACUUCAGUCAUGUAGACCGAUAUCUCUCUGACAAAUCAUGUGAGAGCUCUAAAUCUGAAGUCAACCAAAUGGGAUCAUCCAGUGGAUGCCAACCUUCUUUGAAAGUGAGAAAAGAAUGGAAGAUCAAAUAUGUUAGUCCGAGGCCAAGUGUGCUUGUAAGACGAGUCUCUAGAUUGCCAAGGGCAAGGCGUGGUGCAAAGAUUCAGGAAAGUGACUCGCGUUCGGGUUCUUAAGAAUCUAUGAUUGUUCAUGCUUUCGAUAGAGCUGCCUACAAACAAUUUAUCGACACUUUUUUUUUUUUUUUUUUGCUUCUUGUUGGUAAACAAUGUGCAAGACAGUAUGAAAUGCGGAUGAAGGAUUGGAAUGCUUGUUGUAGUUGAAUUCAAAAAAGGAAUUGAAUGUUAUGUGGUCCGGUCGAGCAUGACUAGAAUUGUGUGGGGGCUGUUUGUGAGG